AGAGCGCUGGGCGGCUUCGCAGCCGCACUCGGGUUCCCACCGGCGCUGGGACUGCCGGUCGCUCCGACCCCUCCGAGCCCGGCGCCCAGCACCGCCACCGGCAUGCGGGGAAGAGGUCGGUCUCUGGGGCUGGGGCCAGCCCUUGGGCAGCUGGGGGGGAGACCCAUGCUGAAGUGGAGAAGGAAACCAGCCGCCCACUCAGCCUCCUCAGGGCGCUCCCAGGGAGAAGAGAGCCUCCGGAUCCUGGUGGGGACCGAAGGGGACAGCCUCCUGCUGAUGGACAUCAAUACCACUGAGACCGAGGCCUCUGAGCCGUGGGACUAUGUCCUCGUGGCUGGUCGCUGCACCCAGAGAAGCCCCAGGCAGGUCCAGCGACAGCAGCAGUUCCUGGGAGAGCUCGAGAGGAAGGGCUUCUGCUACAAGGCGAGGGAGGACCAGGAGAAGGUGUUCUUUGGGAUCCGAGCUGACAACCGGGUCUUUGACCGGUACCGCAGACUUCUCAUGGAGCCCGAGGCUACCGCCCCCAGAGGGGAGCUGGCCAGGCCAACUUCCAUCCCAGCCACCACCAGAAUCCGAAUUGUCAACUUUGUGCUGAACAGCAAGAUGGCAGCUGGUGACACGCUCCAGGAUUUGGUGAAGGAUGGGGUCUUUGAGGCCGGGUUUCCCCUACACAAGGGGGAGGAAGACCUAAAGAAGAAAUGGGCCCGGUGGAGAAACAUGUUCCAGCAGCAGCCAAUUGGUGACAUCAGGAACUACUUCGGCGAGAAGGUGGCCCUGUACUUCGCCUGGCUUGGCUGGUACACCUACAUGCUGGUGCCCGCCGCGGUGGUGGGCCUCAUCAUCUUCCUGAGCGGGUUUGCCCAUUUCGAAGCCAGCCAGAUCAGCAGGGAGAUCUGUGAGGCCCACGACGUCUACAUGUGCCCUCGCGGUGACCACAACCCCAGGUACCAGCGGCUCUCAGAAACCUGCGCCUUCGCCAAGCUCACCCACCUCUUCGACAACGAGGGCACCGUGCUGUUCGCCAUGUUCAUGGCGCUGUGGGCCACCGUGUUCCUGGAGUUGUGGAAGCGGGAGCGAGCCCGUGUGGUCCUGCAGUGGGACCUGUACGGGUGGGACGAGGACCAGGAGGAAAUGGUGCUGGGGCUCACUGCCUGCCCUGACUACCAGCCCCGGCUGCACCAGCACUCCUACAUGCGGAGUACUGUCAUCCUGCUGCUGUCUCUGUUGAUGAUCUGCCUGAUGAUAGGCAUGGCCCACGUCCUGGUGGUCUACCGCGUCCUGGCCGCUGCCCUUUUCAGCUCCGCCUUCCCCUUCCUGGGGGAGCAGGUGACCACGGCCGUGGUGGUGACCGGGGCCCUGGUUCACUAUGUGAGCAUCCUCGUCAUGACCAAGAUCAACAAAUAUGUGGCACUGAAGCUUUGUGACUUUGAGAAGCCCAGGACCUUCUCAGAGCGAGAGAGCAAGUUCACCAUCAAGUUCUUCACUCUGCAGUUCUUUGCUCACUUCUCCUCCCUUAUCUACAUCGCCUUCAUCCUGGGCAGGAUCAACGGUAACCCCGGGAAGUCCGUGCGCCUGGCAGGGCUGUGGAAGCUGGAGGAGUGCCAUCUCAGCGGCUGCAUGAUGGACCUGUUCGUGCAGAUGGCCAUCAUCAUGGGUCUGAAACAAACGCUCAGCAACUGCAUGGAGUACCUGGGCCCGUGGUUGGCCCACAAGUGUCGCUCGAUGCGAGCCACGUCCCAGGACCCCGAGCUGAGGCACUGGCAGUGCAACUACUGCCUGAACCCGGUCGACACCUUCAGCCUGUUCGGGGAGUUCAUGGAGAUGAUGAUCCAGUACGGCUUCACCACCGUCUUCGUGGCCGCCUUCCCGCUCGCCCCGCUGCUGGCGCUCUUCAGCAACCUCGCGGAGAUCCGCCUGGACGCCAUCAAGAUGGUCCGGCUGCAGCGGCGCCUGGUGCCCCGCAAGGCCAAGGACAUCGGGACCUGGCUGCAGGUGCUGCAGAUAAUCGGCGUGCUGGCGGUCAUUGCCAACGGGAUGGUCAUCGCCUUCACAUCUGAGUUCAUCCCCCGAGUGGUGUACAAGUACCGCUAUGGCCCGUGCCGACAGGGGGCCCACCCUGCAGUCGACUGCCUCACGGGCUACGUCAACCACAGCCUGUCCGUGUUCUACACCAAGGACUUCCAGAAUCCUGUCGAAAUAGAGGGCUCAGAGAAUGUGACCGAGUGCAGGUACCGGGACUAUGGCGCCGCUCAGAACUCCAGCUUCACUGAGCAGUCCUGGUUCCUCCUGGCCAUCCGCCUGGCCUUCCUCAUCCUCUUCGAGCACGUGGCCUUAUGCGUCAAGCUCAUUGCUGCCUGGUUUGUGCCUGAUGUGCCUCAGUCGGUGAAGAAUGAAGUCCUGAAGAAGAAGCACCAGAGACUUGGGGAGGCGGGGCUGCCGGGGCCUGGGGUGGGGCCUGGCCCUGAGUCCCGAAGUACCAGAGACUCCGGCCCGAGAGCACAGACGUGGAGCGGGCCCACAGCCGGUCAAGAGGCCAAGACGCAGAGCUGCUGCCACCACCGCCCACCCCAGCCCUGGCUGUGUGUGUGGGGGGGCGGGCUUUAAGAAGACCCGCGUAUAUGUGGGGGUCCUGGGAGCCCCUGUAUGUUUGGGGUGUCUGUGAGCUGCACAUCUGCCCAUGGUCUGUGAGGCCUGUUCCACCUGUGACGGCUCAGGCUUGGUACUGCCUGACUUGAACUCUGAGUGACCCCUGCCACCCAGAGAACUGGGGCGGGGGUGGGGGGGGAGGGGGUCUUCUCAUGCCGUCUCGACAGGAAAACUGGCCCAGUUUCCUGCCCCACCCCACUGGCUCCCCUCAACCAGCAGAGUUUUCUCUAAUAAAAUAAAACUGCUUUGUGUUAA